UCGUUCGUUGUGUGCCUCUCACUCCCCGCGCCAGUUCCAGAAGUGUGGAGGAGCCAUGGCUGCCGCGAACCCGUGGGACCCGGCGUCCGCGCCGAGUGCGGCUGGGCUACUGCUGAACCACUGGGUGGCUUCGGGGAUGGUCACUGAGGAGAUGUUAGGUACAUCUAAGAAAAUGGCUCCUUGCUUUGAGAACUUCUCCAGAUCACAGCAGAUCUCAGACAUGAAAGCUAAAAUCUACCAGAACAACCUGGAGAUUGAACUUCUGAAAUUAGAAAGGGAUACAGCAGAUCUCAUUCAUCCUUCCUAUUUGGUUAAGAAGUGUGAUAUCCUGCAAAGCAUGAAUAGUCAUCUGGAAGCCGUGCUAAAGGAGAAGCGGGCCAUCAGGCAAAGACUGCUGAGACCCAUCUGCCAGGAGAACUUGCCAAUGGAAGCUGUUUAUCACAGACAUAUGGUACAUUUGUUGGAAUUGGCUGUGACUUUCAUUGAGAAAUUAGAAGCCCAUCUUGAAACAGUUAGAAAUACCCCUCAUUUAGAUGCAAACCUAGCGGAAAUGAGAAAGGCUUUAUCCAAGAUGGACAAUUUGGUGAACGAGACAGAAGAACUGACAGAGAAUAUACUCAGGUGGCGAGAACAACAGAAGGAAAUUUCUUUGUGUGUCCCCAAAAUCCUUGCUGAGGAAAAUUAUCUUCACGAACUUGAUAGAGUACCUCCUUUACCUUUUGUUUCUAAAGUGCAUGCCCAAACUGUUAAUGCCAAGUGAUUGCCAUAUUUACUUUUGCUUAAUUACGUGCAGUCAAAGAAGUCCGUUUCCAGGUGAUCUGUGACAGGGAGAUUUGGUAAACUUUGUUGUUAGCAACUCUGAAAAAGCCCUCUUCUAUUGAAGUGCCGGGGCCAGGGAGAUGUCAGCAGGAAAAGCUCCUGCUUCAAUCCCUGGGAUCCACAUACCACUUUUUCAUAUGUUCCUCUCUUUGAUAAAGCUACAAAAGAUCGAAUAUAUGUGUGUUAACCUACUGUGAGUGAGUUGGACACUCAUCAGACAGAAUCUGUAUUAUGAUUCUGUGUUGUGUCUUUUAAAAACAUUUCUGAAUUGGAAUAUCCCGAGUCUGAAGAUUUUUGUGGCGACUUUCCCUGUUGAGAUUGCGGAAUGGUCACACAGCGGGCCUGUUGCCCCUGAAGUCUUAAUGAAGUGGUAGUUCCCAUGGCUGGCACAUCAAUGAGACGGGCUGUGUGACCAAGCUGUGCAGGGAGGCUUCUGUGGGACACUUGCUUUCCUUCUGAGAGUCUAGGAUGCUGGUAUAUACCAAGCAGAAAGUACCUUUGCUCCUGGUCCCUGGAAAACUCCUGGAGCACCACAUCCAUAACAAUUUUGGUGGUAGACAGCAUUUCACAGUGUCACAGUUCAAUUGCUCUACUAGCUCACGGCUGGAGUGUGGUGACACCAGGUCUCAUAUAUCCCCUUAGCAGAGCACUGGACCUGCUUGUCUUCUCAGGGAUGCCUGGGAGACAAAUGCUGAGGAUGAAGAACGAUGAGGGGGGAAGAAAAGGCAUAAUGCAAUCAAAUUUAGAAAUUUUUGUUUCGAUACUUCUUAUAUGUCCCAAGGUAGAACUUGAACUUACUAUGUAGCCCAGGCCUCCCGAGUGCAGGAAUCACAGACAUGUGCCAUCACAUCCGGCUGAAGUUUAGAGGUUUGUAAUGGAAUAUAUGAUAUAUUUUACCUACCUAGGCCUAGUCAUAAAAUUAGAGACUAGUCUACUUAAAGUAGAAUAGUAACAACUACCUCAAGCUGUUCUCGCUUACUUUGUUACUGUAAGUACUCUGGCUUAUGUUUAAAUCCUUUGAAACAUGUGCACCAGUGUGUCCAUCCUGUUGCAUUCUGUGUCAUGGAGUUCAGCGAACCUUCUGUUCAUCACAUGUUCAAUAUAAGGCUUCACCUGUUAGAUAGUAAAAUAGAUGUCCAUAAAAAACAGGAUCCUUAACCCUACACCCCGAAAAAAAAACUAUUAAAAACAGCAGAUCAUUAUUUUGAGAAAGUCUACAGCUUUUACAAAUGUACUGUGCAAAAGUGGUGUUGAGAUUUUGACCAUCACCCAGAUAACUGAUCAAAAUCCUUAUUUGUAUUUUAUCUCAAAUCUCUUUUAACAUCUAUUCAUUUUCCUUGUAUAUUAUGGUGUAGAUAUAUUCAUUAUCAUGUUACUACUACUGUUACCCUGUUGGUUUUGUAUUUAUAUUUCCUAUUAAUGCCUCAGGAUGUAAAAAUAAACUUAAUUUCAACUAAAUGCGGAUUUAUAUAAAUACCGAGUAACAGAGGGGAAAUAUUCUUAACUUAAUGUAGUAUAGACAUUCAAACUGUGCAACUCACAAAAGCUUAAGGUAAGUUAACCUAAAUUCUAAUGUAAAGAGAAAAGCUAAUUUUGUACAGUGUGGUCAGUAAGUGCUGAUUUGUUUGAGAGCUAGAAGAAAGAGUUGCCUAGGAGGGAGAAAGAUUCAGUUUUGUAGUUUUUUUGUUUCGUUUUGUUUUUUUAAUGUUACUUAGGCUGGAUUCAACAGUCCUCUGGCCUCAGUUUAACAAACUUUGAAUCUCUAUAUCUGGCUUGAACAAAUGUUUCUUUUCAUGAAAUUCAAGGGUAGUUUGCCAAGCUGGAAAUCUCUGUAGUUGCAUGGAAGAGAAAGAUGGCUCAGUGGAUAGAAGUCCCCAUGCAAGAGUGAGAAUCUUGAGUUCAACCCCAGAACCCACGUAAAUCUGAACACCCUUCAGUGAGGUGGGAGGCAAAAGGGAGGGCCAGCUAGCCUCUUAGAUGCAGCUGCAGACGAGAGACCCUGUCAAGGUUUGUCUUCUGACUUCCAUUCAUGUGCCGUGGCUUACCUAUGACUAUAGUCCUGCACAUACAGAGAUUGAAAAUAGGGAACAAGCAGGCUGAUCAGUGGAAAUCCUUGAGUGGCUUCUGGGGUGGGAUGGGAUGUCAGGCAAGCAGGCUUUGCCAGGAAGGUUUGGUCAAAAUUUGUAAAUGUGACUCCAGUGUAAAUGUGAUUGCAUAAAUAUAAUUAUGUUGAUUGGUAAAUAAAGACUGUG